ACUAGUUUGUUUGGUUUCAUGAUGGACUUCAGCAUUGAGCUAUGUAGAUCACCUUCUGGGCCUCCUGGGUUGUCUGGCUCAACUUGCUCUUUGUCAUCAUGUACAAAGGAUAAUGGGAUGGUGGUGACUUUUGGAAACUGUACAAUGGGGUGAGUAUUGAGUUGUAAUGUCCCCCAGACAUUCAGAAGGUCAGGCUUGGGAGCAGGCUUUUUACUCAGCCUCAAACUACCGUUUCUCCGCCUUCGUCUUCUUGACACAGUUGAUACGCUGUUGGAAAUGGAAUGGUCGUCAGUCUCGUUUAGCCCUAAAGACACCGUUGCCAUAAUUAGGGAUAAAUCUAUUUAGGCUCCUUAUUUUUCACUCGGCGCGAAAAAAAAUGGGCACACGGCGAUCGACGAGAGGUCGAUCGUCUCUACGUUCCAGCUACAUGGCAGUUCUAAGACGGGAAGUAAGAUGACACUAGUAGAUGUUUUGCAAAUUAGGAUCACAGGCCUGCUCCAGAAAACUUUUUAUCCUUCAGCGGAAGGUCUGUCCAGGGGCACAAAUCUCAAACAGAGCAAAGGCACCCUUACCCUCUUAUCUCCUUGAUGAAUUUUUUUUUCUUUUAAAUUCUUUUUUAGAAGGCCGGGUAACAACUUUAAGAACCUGUUUCAGCUGUCCCCAGGAAGCUCCAUUGGCAGUUCCAGUACGUUGUAGAUGUGUAUAGUGUGCUGAAAAGCGUUGUCCCUGGUUUUUUCAAGCAAAAUCUUCGUCUCGGAGCUGGAUAGCCCACCAAGGUAUUGUUCCUGUGCGUAAUUUUUGGCACGCAGACGACUCGAAUAAGUUUGGCAAUAAAAAAAUUUUUUUCACUAUAUAAAGAGGAGACAUUCCCACAUGAGAUUUUUUCUGAUCUUUUAAUUAGUACAUUCGUAAUGGGAAAAGAAAAGACUCACGUUAACGUCGUUGUUAUUGGUCACGUCGACUCUGGUAAAUCUACCACUACCGGCCACUUGAUCUACAAGUGUGGUGGUAUCGACAAGAGAACCAUCGAGAAGUUUGAAAAGGAGGCUGCCGAGCUUGGUAAGGGUUCCUUCAAAUACGCUUGGGUUUUGGACAAGUUGAAGGCUGAGAGAGAAAGAGGUAUCACCAUCGAUAUCGCUUUGUGGAAAUUCGAGACUCCAAAGUACCACGUCACUGUUAUUGAUGCUCCAGGUCACAGAGAUUUCAUCAAGAACAUGAUUACUGGUACUUCCCAGGCUGACUGUGCUAUUUUGAUUAUUGCUGGUGGUACCGGUGAGUUCGAGGCUGGUAUUUCCAAGGACGGUCAAACCAGAGAGCACGCUUUGUUGGCUUUCACCCUUGGUGUCAGACAACUGAUUGUUGCUGUCAACAAGAUGGACUCUGUUCAAUGGUCUGAGGCCAGAUUCGAGGAAAUUGUCAAGGAAACCUCUAACUUCAUCAAGAAGGUUGGUUACAACCCUAAGACUGUUCCAUUCGUCCCAAUUUCUGGUUGGAACGGUGACAACAUGAUUGAGCCAUCUUCUAACUGCCCAUGGUACAAGGGAUGGCAAAAGGAGACCAAGUCUGGUGUCGUCAAGGGUAAGACUCUUCUCGAGGCCAUUGACGCCAUUGAGCCACCUGCCAGACCAUCUGACAAGCCAUUGAGAUUGCCAUUGCAAGAUGUCUACAAGAUUGGUGGUAUCGGUACUGUUCCAGUCGGUAGAGUUGAGACUGGUGUCAUCAAGGCUGGUAUGGUUGUUACUUUCGCCCCAGCUGGUGUUACCACCGAAGUCAAGUCCGUCGAGAUGCACCACGAGCAGCUUGCUGAGGGUCUUCCAGGUGACAAUGUUGGAUUCAACGUCAAGAACGUUUCCGUCAAGGAAAUUAGAAGAGGUAACGUCUGUGGUGACUCGAAGAACGACCCACCUCAAGGAUGUGCUUCCUUCAACGCUCAAGUCAUUAUCUUGAACCACCCAGGUCAGAUCUCUGCUGGUUACUCUCCAGUUUUGGACUGCCACACUGCCCACAUUGCCUGCAGAUUCGACCAACUGCUCGAGAAGAUCGACAGAAGAACCGGUAAGAAGAUUGAGGAGAACCCUAAGUUUGUCAAGUCUGGUGACGCUGCUAUUGUUAAGAUGAUCCCAUCUAAGCCAAUGUGUGUUGAGACCUUCACUGAGUACCCACCAUUGGGAAGAUUUGCCGUCAGAGAUAUGAGACAGACCGUUGCCGUUGGUGUCAUCAAGUCUGUUGAGAAGACUGCUGCUGGUGCCGGAAAGGUCACCAAGGCUGCUCAAAAGGCUGCUAAGAAAUAAAGCUGAUGCAAAUUUGACCCUAGGUGACGUAUAUAUCCUAUGUAUAAGUCUCUGUUCAUUUUAAUUUCUUCUAUAAAAUAUCAACCUGUAAAAAAUCGUUUCAUUAUCAGCAAAAAAUUUAAUAUAAUCUUGUCGAUUGAUAUUUCCAGUCCCUAUGACUACUGUUGAGAACCCAUUGGAAAUUGUCGAUAUCAGUGAAAUUAACCAGCAAACCGCUGAGAAACUUCUUCAUGCUGCCUCUACACAAGGUUUCUUAAUGGUUGAAGGACACGGGCUAAGCCAAGAACAAGUUGAUCAGCUUUUUGGCUUAUCUAGAGAUUUUUUCCAACUCCCAUUCGAGGAGAAACAAAAAUAUAAGAUUGACGAGUCCAACCAUGGUUACACUGGAAUCGGUGUUGAGAACCUCGAAGAGGAUGACCUGGGAAAGCCUCUUGGUGACCCCAAAGAAGCGUUCAAUUUUGCUAGGGUUGAUAUGAGUAAGGGUGAACUUACUACUGACGAGAUUCCGGCAAUUUUCGAGGACCCGGAAAAUAAAAAGAUUAUUCAGGCCACCUUGAUUAAGCUCCGCGAGUCCCUCUUCAGCAUGUUGCGGCUGAUGGCUAUGGGGCUCAAGAUCGAUGAAACGGAAGGUGGUUUCGAUUGGUUCACCAGUCGCCAUGAUCCCACCAAACCUAGCGGCACAACCUUUAGGUUCUUACACUAUCCAUCUCCCGUGAAGGAGGGAAUGACCGAGAAAGACCUCGAUUCCUGCGGGGAUAUCAAUGUUGCAGGAGCCCAUACGGACUAUGGCUGUGUGACUCUGCUGUUGCAGAGACAGGACGAGGACGGCCUCGAAAUCCUGUCGCCCGUGAGCCGAAAGUGGGAAGCGGUCCCAUUUGUCCCUGCCUCUCCGAAAUAUCAAAAACUCGGCCAAGCUCCUCCCUUAGUCGUUAACAUUGCAGAUCAGCUGUGCUACUGGACCAAUGGCCUCCUGAAAAGUACAGUGCACAGAGUUAGGUUCCCUCGCAAGUUAUUGCUGGAAGGAAAGCCAAGAUACUCGAUUGUCCUUUUCGUCCAUCCUGCUGAUGACACCCUAUUGGAGCCCGUUCCUUCUGAGAAAGUAUCUUCCAUUUCGGGGCGUGGAGCUGCGCAUUAUCUUGCCAAGCACGGAGUCUCAUUAACUGCUGGCGAGCAUUUGGCAAAAAGACUUGCAACGACUUAUGGCUGGAAGACUGAGAAAGCCAAUUAAGAAAAACGCUCCAACAUUAGUAUAGUUUUGCUUUG